AUGUCGAGCCAGAAACGCGCACAAUCACCUGACAACCCCGACUCAUCCACCUCAAAACGCGUCCGCAUAACCUCCCCUCCCCCCUCCUCUGCUGCAGGCCCCGCGCCUUCCGGCCCCAUCUCCGUCCACUCCUGGCUGCACCCCACCCUCCCGCCUCCUCUCCUAGCGCACUCCCCCGCCCUCCACGCCUCAACAUCCACCUUCCUCGCCUUCUCCCUGGACUUUACGCCCCCCGCUCACGUAACGACGGACGCGAGCCUCCUUAAAGAGGUCCGAAGGGUGGUGCGGGAAUUGGACGUGCCGAGGCUCGUGGGCGAGAUGCUGAUGCGUGAUGACGAAGGAGCGUUUCAGGGUGGGGAGGGACGAGCGGCCAAGAAGGGAGGGAAGGAACGGGCGCGGGAGCCGGAUCAUAGGAUGUGGGGGGUGAGGGCUGUGGUUUUGAAGGAGGGGAGGGAUGGGACGAAGGGGGAGGACGAUUAUCAACUAUUGGAGGCAUUCAAUGAUGAUGGAGAGAAAUUCGGUGGGGAUCGUGUCUUGAGGGUAUUGAGGGAGAAUCAGGGUGUGGAUGUCAUAACGGUCUGCUGCAGAUGGUUCGGAGGCGAUAUGCUAGGCCCAAUCCGAUUUCAGCACAUCGGCAUAACAGCCCGAACAUCCCUCCUGGAUCUCCAAACCCUCGUCAUCCUGCGAGACCUCCGCUCUUCACUCGUCGCUCUCGACGCAGAAAUCGCAGAAAUGAGGGGAACAAUCAACCCGCCUUCUUCCCCGCUCCGGGCGAUAGGGGCGGACGGUGAAUCCUCCGCCUCGGAUAAGCCCUCGCCCUACGAUGCGGUGACGGAUCCGGCGAAGCUGAGGCGGCUUGUGACGGCCAGAGAAAAGACACGGGCGGCGUUGGAGGCCAAGGCGGCGUGGAGUGGGAUGGAGCAGAGCUUGGGCUCCGCGACCGCAGGCGCGGAAUAG